UAGUCAGUCUGAACUUAAAACUUGAUUGGAACAGGUGUUGUGAAUAAUGUAUAAAUAUAUAAUAUUAAUUUUGUCCAUCAGUCUGUCUGUGCUGUGUGAUCUCAAUAAGGAAGAAGGCGCAGAAUGUGAUUGGGAAGGAGUGAAAGGUACUUGCGUCAACCAGAAAAGAUGUUUUACAAGUUUGGAUGCAAGGAGUCCUAGUCAACCGAUAUGUUCAAUGCAAGGAGAAACUAAGAUUAUUUGUUGCACCGAUUGUAAACUUGUAAAUGAUACCAGUAAUGCAGUAUUCAGUCCAUCAGGAGAUAUUCUAUGGAAAGAUGGAGGCAAAGCGAGGGAUAACUGCAUCAAAUACCUGGACGAACAGCCCUACAGAUGUCGGGACGGAGGUUUCUACAGUGGCAUCCAAAGAAGUCUGGACGAGGAAAAGAAAUGCCACCGGUACAACAUUUGGGCCGUCGGGGGCGCUCCCUACCCCGGGCAUGUACCUGGACCUGAGUAUCCUCAUCAGGCAUUACUUGGAUAUGAGUCAAAAGGAACUGUGUCUUGGAAAGCCGGAGGAUCCAUCAUCAGCGAUCGGUUUAUUUUGACAGCAGCACAUGUCAACAUUCCAUUAAGCGGAGAAGUCAGUCACAUCGCUAUGGGUGUGCUAUCUCUCUCAGAUCCUGCCACAAGACAAGAACGGAAGGUGAAGAGGUUUAUACCUCAUCCAGACUUCAAACCCGCACCUGUCAAAAACGACAUCGCUUUAAUAGAAGUCGACUCACCGAUCCAAUUCAGUGUGAAUGUUAUGCCAGCUUGUUUGUUCACGACAACCAGUGAAUUCCAGACAGCUAUUACCACAACUUGGAGAGAUCUGAAAGGUGGUGAUAAACUAGCGGACACCAUUCAAACUAUUAAUUUGGAAGAAUUCAAUAAAGAAGACGUAAUAUCCUUGAAUGUCGACAGCGAAAAACAGCUGUUUUACGGAAGCAAGAUUGUGCCAUCGGAGUCUUGUCGGGGCUUCUCCGGGGAGCCACUUUUGGCCCAGGACCAGUUCGCCCGCUGCAUCUACUCCGUAAUCGGAGUGACAUCGGAGGGUCCUUCAACGUGCGGUUCCGGGAACGUUAGCCCUAAUAUCUACACUAAAGUUGCUUACUAUCUACCCUGGAUAGAAAGUGUAGUAUGGCCUUAGUUCCAAAAUAAAAAUGUUUAAAUAAUAAUAAAGGUCUUUUGAACGUCA